GAAUGGAAGUACACACAGUUCAUCAGUGCCAGCAGAGGGGGAAAACAGAGCGGUCGGCCCCCUAACCCAACAAACUGUCUGAUUAAAGCCCGUCCAGUUCUUCGAUGCGCAGACCGGGACUGACCGGAGACAAAAGAGGUGAACGCUCAUUGGCUCCGGCCGUGUGCGCCCUGUUGUCCCCCCAGCAAGAGCGGCUCAGCCCCUAUUCACAUGUUAAUAAGCCCCUAUAAAUACUAACAACAGCCACUCAGCGCCAGCAGCACGCCUCAAUAGGAUUGCACAAUAAACACAGGGCGCAUCGCUUCGCCUGUGAGUUUGUUGAUUUUUUUUUUUUCCCCCAAUUCCCCUAACCGGUUCCGUUUGCCAGCUGCCCCUUCGCUGAAGGCGACUCGAGAGGGAAGAAUCGGCAGUGGGAGAAGCCACAUAAGCGGUGAUCCAACCAACAUGGCCCCCUCGGCUCGGCCCAGCAACGCCGGACCAGGCAUGGAAGACGACGAGCCCUACUAUGGGAUCCAGAAAGGGGACAGGAAGACUAGGAAACCUCUGGUGGAGAAGAAGAGGCGAGCUCGCAUCAAUGAGAGUUUGCAGGAGCUGCGGACUCUGCUGGCAGAUACAGACUUUCACUCCAAAAUGGAGAACGCUGAGGUGCUGGAGAUGACGGUGAAAAAGGUGGAGGACAUCCUGAAGAACCGGAGCCAAGAAACAGACACACUCAACCGAGAAGCCAGUGAGAGGUUUGCAGCUGGCUACAUCCAGUGCAUGCACGAGGUCCACAUGUUUGUGUCCAGCUGUCCUGGGAUAGAUGCGACGGUUGCGGCCGAGCUCCUCAACCACCUGCUGGAGUGUAUGCCCCUGAACGAGGACCACCUCCAGGACGUGCUGAUGGAUCUAAUCACAGACACUUCAGGGAGCAACGGCAGCACUUGGCACGGAGGCGGCGAGGCUCUCUGUGCGACCCUGGCUUCGCCCGGAGGAAGGAGUCUAUCGAGCGGCUCGUCCUCGGCCCUCUCCCCGGCCCCCUCCACCGCAUCCAGCGAGGACCUGUGCUCCGACCUGGACGAGACCGACAGCGAGCACAACCAGAGCUCCACAGAGGGCAUGGAGAACAGGGAGGCUCUGAGCAUGACCUACCCUCGGUCUAUGUGGAGACCCUGGUAGAGGGCUGGAUGGGAUACGUUUGGGAUACAUUAAAGCAGGGUUUGUGGGUGGCCUUUAAAAUGUGGUACAGGCCCUCCUGCUGAAUAUAUACAAGAGAAAAUUCCAUCCUAUGAACACUUUCAAAACAACAAUUUUGGGUGAUGUACUUUGCAUUCUGGACUCAUUUUACCCCUGCAGAUAACUGGCCACAUGCAUGGAUUUUCUUCUGGGCCCCCAACAUUGAUGUUCAAUAAUCAAAUCUGUUGAAUAAGAGACAAAGAGAUCAAUUACUGUUCUGACAGCAGCCUUAAUCAACCAAAAUGGAACACAACCACAGAUCACUUUGAAUUUGUGGAGGGACCAUGACUGUGGCUUUUCUCUUCAAGUGUAAAGCCUUUCCUCGGAACUCUGGGAAAUGUAGGAAAUCACUAAGUGGAGCAGAAUAAGACAACACAGUGCAAGCUGAUGUGACAGCAGUUCAUCAGAAAAACAUUCCUAAGUGCUUUGGAUAUUAAAAAAAUGUAAAUCUGAGUGUUAAAAGGUGGAGUUUUCCUUUUUCACACCAGAGAGGUUCUUCAAGCCACCCCCCCCCCCCUUUUUUUCAGGGCCUCCUGAAAGUACCCCCACCCCCCCACCCCCUCUCUCCUCAGUAGUGACUCCUUGGCUGUUGUGAUUUUUCCUUACACCUGAAGAAAGCCUCCCUCUCUCAACACACUUAUAACCCAACAAAGGACAGAAAAUGAACAGUUCAUGACGUUCACACUUGUUUUGUCAAUAACUCUGUGUAUAGGGUUUGUACGAGGAGAAAAGCUCUUUUAGAAGAUUGGCAAUGCCUCUGAUUAAUAUAAAUAUUUCUAUUGUAUUUCAUAAAGGCCUGUAGUUUAUUGGACCAGUAGCCUCCCUCAGAAUGACCACUUUAUGUUGUAAUGAUGUUUAGAAUUGUUUUGCCAUAAUGUCUGAAUUUGCUAAAUAAAAUAAUGC